AUGGGUGCUAGCUUGCAGACGGCCCCUCGGGCCUUAGCUCGGAGCUGGGGCAGGGGGCUGGCGGCGGAGGAGGGGGCCGGCGGAGGAGAGCGGCGCAGCCCCAAGUUUAUGCUAAUCCGCACAGAGCCCGCCUCCCGCCUCCCCUCGGCGGCCCCAGCCGCGAGUUGUCCGGCCACUCCGCGGGACGCAGCCGCCGCGAAGCGCCAGGCGGCUGGUGCGGCGCUGCUCUCGAGCGCGCAGGCCAAGGGCACCCCGCUCCUGGCGCGGCCAGCGCCUCCCAGGGCCUCCAGCUACAGCCUUUACACGACGGGAUGGCGCCCGCGGCUGCGCCCGGGGCCGCACAAAGCCCUCUGUGCCUAUGUGGUGCACAGGAAUGUGACCUGCGUCCUACAGGAGGGAGCAGAGAGCUACGUAAAGGCUGAGUACCGGCAGUGUGCAUGGGGCCCCAAGUGCCCCGGGACAGUCACGUACCGCACAGUGCUCAGACCCAAAUACAAGAUCGGCUACAAGACAGUGACAGACAUCGCCUGGCGUUGCUGCCCUGGCCUCACUGGAAAAAGCUGCCCUGAGCACCUUACUGACCACGGGGCCACCCCACCCCAGCCAGAGCCUGAGCCUCAAAUUCCUUCGGGGCAGCUGAGCCCAGGCCCUAGGCCCCCUCCUUACAGCAGAGUGGCCCCUAGCCCCCACGGAAGGAAAGGGCCAGGGCUGCUUGGUGAGCGGCUGGAGCGCCUGGAGGGUGAUGUCCAACGCCUGGCACAAGCGUAUGGUACCCUCAGUGGCCUGGUGGCCCACCACGAAGACCCCAACAGGAUAGGUGGCCCCAGGGCUCCUGCUGCUUCUGUGGGUUUUGGGGUCAUCCCUGAGGGGUUUGUGGGCCCGGGAGACAGAGCCAGGAGGCCACUCACACCUCCUCUGGAUGAGAUUCUGAACAAGGUGACAGCAGUGAGCAACGCUCUGCAGACCAAGACGCAGCUGCUGGACGAGGUGCACGGGCUGGUGCUGGGUCACGAGGCUCACCUACAGCGGCUACGGGAGGCCCCGCCGUCUCCCCUUACCUCCUUGGCCCUGCUGGAGGAGUACGUAGACCGCCGGCUGCACCAGCUCUGGGGUGGGCUGCUGGAUGGCUUCGAGCAGAAGCUGCAGGGCAUCCAGAGUGAGUGCGACCUGCGAGUGCAGGAGGUGCAGCGGCAGUGUGAGGAGGGCCAGGCGGCCAGCCAGAGGCUGCAUCAGAGUCUGGAUGGCCGGGAGCUGGCUCUGCGCCAGGAGCUCUCCCAGCUGGGCAUCCGGCUGCAAGGCCUGAGUGUGGCUGGCAGGGGCAGCUGCUGUGGCCAGCUGGGCCUAAUCAGCGCCCGUGUGGACAGCCUCGAGCGAAACCUACAAGUGGUCACCGAGGCCCAAAGGGGUCAUGACCCUCCGUCUGGGGGUGAUGUCACUCCGCUCUCUGCUGCCAUGAUUGAUGGGCAGCUCGAGGGCCUGGAGACCCUCAAUGGAACAGAGAGUGGAGUGAGGGGUUGCUGUCUGGGGGUGGAGGAGGGGGAAUGGGGUGUGGGUGGCUUUGGGGCAACAUUGGAAGAGCGGGUACAGAGCCUGGAGGAGCGCCUGGUGACGCUGGCUGGGGAGCUGAACCACGAUAGCGCCCUGCCGGGCAGGUCUCCACAGCCCCUCGUGCAGACAGAGCUGGCCGUGCUGGAACAACGGCUGGUCUCCCUGGAGACCUCGUGCACCCCCAGCACCACCUCAGCCAUCCUGGACAACCUCAUGGCAGAGGUGAAGGCCUGGCAAAGCCGAAGCGAGGCCCUCCUGCGCCAGGUGGCCAGCCACACAGCCCUGCUCCGACAGCUCAAUGGCACCGUGGCCAAGGUCCAAGGGCAGCUGGCAGACGUGACAGGCAGCUCGAUCCAGGGUGAGAUCACCCUGCUCAAGGUCAAUCUGAACUCAGUGAGCAAGUCGCUCACAGGCCUCAGUGACUCCGUCAGCCAGUACUCGGAUGCCUUUGCAGCCGCCAACUCGUCCCUGGAUGAGCGGGAACGCAAAGUGGAAGCCGAGGUCCACGCCAUUCAGGAGCAGGUCAGCAGCCAGGGCUUGCGACUUCGGGCUGACCACCGGCAAGUCCUGAGCCUGCAGGGAGAGCUGGAGCUGCUCAAGGCUGGUGUGGCCAAUGUGGCCAGUGGGCUGAGCCGCUGCCGGGACAUAGCCCAGGAACUCCAGCAUGCAGUGGACCACUUUGACCAGAGGGUGGCGCAAGUGGAGGAUGCAUGUGGGAGGCUGGGCCUCCUGGCCUCAGGCCCGGACAGCUUGUCCAGUGAGCCGUAUAUGUCCAGAGAGGGCCUGUGGGGCCACGUGACCCAGCUGAACCGCACGCUGGCCCAGCACACGCAGGACAUUGCCCGCCUUCAGGAUGACCUGCUGGACUGCCGGGCCCAGCUGGCUGAAUGGUUGCGGCCAGGGCAAGCCAACUAG